AUAUUUAUGUUCUCAAAGUAAAGUGAGUCGGCUUAAUUAUUAGUGAAAUCUCAAUCCAGUUUCAUAUUUGCUAAUAUUUUAUAAACAACCUGUAUUACAAGAUAUAAAAUCGUUAACAAACGAAGUUUAACUUGAAACAUAGGUCAAAUACAUGAUAUAUGCAUAAAAAUCUUCCUCUAGAUUCUCAUUGAUGGAGAACCAUGAAUGAAACUAACAGAUCUUUCGUAUCUUCAAAUAUAUCCAAAGUCUUACCAUUUUCAUAGAUUCUUUUAAAUUCUUCAAGUAAAAUUCUUGGAAGAUGUUUGCUUUUACUUUGAAAUGCCAAUCUAGUAAUUCUUAUUUUUCAUUGGAACGGAUAUUCAUUCUUCUAAGUUAUUCAUUUUUUUAACAGAUUUGUAAGCCACAUUUUUUCGGUACAAUACGUGAGGUGGAGAUCAUACUCACAACAUCCAUUCACUUCGACAAUAUAGUCUACAUUGACAGUGUAACAUUCAAGAAUUAAAUUAAAAAAAAAGCUUCAUGAAUUUGGAACUUCCAAAAAUGGCAUAAUUUGGACCUCAUAAUUUGGAACUCGGAAAAUUUUCCAAAUAAAGAAAGUCCAAAAUCAAAUGCACUUUGUCAAUUUAGCAAACUAAGAAAUACACAAAUUAGAGUACAAAAGGGCAGGAAAAAGAAAAAAAUAAAUAAUAAAAAGGGAAAAACUUAAAAAGUAGCUGGAAGGGUAUUUUGGUCUUUUUAUAUAUAGCCAAACCAUCCACACAAUCAAAACCACCAUUUUCACUUUUUAAAAGAUUCCAUAAAUUUUUCUCUGAAAAUUCGAUCUCAUUCCCAAAGUUAAAAUAUAAAAUUAAAGGGAAAAAAAUAAAGGAGCAGGCGGAGUAGGUUCCCCAUUACUGAUUUCUGCUGCUGCUCCUGAAUCUGGGCUCUCUCCAUUUUUCCCAUAUCCAGUUUUUUCCUCGCGACGAAGAAAUCAAAGCAGAAAUGGGUUUUAAAAUUUUUGGAUUGAGAUCAUAACCGCGUGAAAGAUAGUUUGUUUGACGAAUUGGGAUCAUAUUUGCAUUGAAGAUUAGAUAGUCGACGAAUUUUCCUCAUACAUAUCCAAUCAUCUGAGGUUCCUUAAUUCAAUCCAUCUUAUUUGAAGAUCCGAAUCCCGUCGUCUCCUUCUCGCGUUCUGUGAAUUGUUGUUUUUUUCUAUUACCCAAUUCUGAAUUUGUUUGAUCGCUUUUGAAUUCCGACGAUGUACUAUCCCCACCCGCCGCCGAUGCUCGUGAACUGCUCCGGCUGCCGGACUCCUCUCCAGCUCCCGCCGGGCGCUCCGUCUAUUCGCUGCGCUAUAUGCAAGGCGGUGACCCAUGUUAUGGACCCACGCGCCGUCCCUCCGCCGUCGCCUUCUCACUCUCAGGCGCCUCCGCCGGUACCGUCGCCUUACAACCACGCGCCGCCUGGAUUUCCCGCCCACCCUCAUGGCCGUAAAAGGGCUGUGAUCUGUGGGAUCUCGUAUAGGUACUCGAGACAUGAGCUCAAGGGCUGCCUUAACGAUGCUAAGUGCAUGCGAUAUCUUCUCAUCAAUAAAUUUCAUUUUCCAGAAGAUUCUAUACUCAUGCUUACUGAAGAAGAAACUGACCCAUACAGAAUUCCCUACAAAAACAACAUUAGAAUGGCAUUGUAUUGGCUAAUACAAGGUUGUCAACCAGGUGACUCCUUGGUAUUCCAUUAUUCCGGUCACGGUUCUCGCCAAAGGAACUACAAUGGUGAUGAAGUAGAUGGAUAUGACGAAACUCUUUGUCCCCUGGACUUUGAAACUCAGGGAAUGAUUGUUGAUGAUGAAAUUAAUAUGGCAAUUGUUAGACCUCUUCCUCAAGGCGUAAAGCUUCAUGCAAUCAUAGAUGCUUGCCAUAGUGGAACCGUACUAGAUUUGCCAUUUCUAUGCAGAAUGAGCAGGAGUGGACAAUACGUGUGGGAGGACCAUCGCCCGCGAUCUGGAGUAUGGAAAGGAACGAGCGGUGGAGAAGUUAUUUCUUUCAGUGGCUGUGAUGAUGAUCAAACCUCAGCUGAUACGUCUGCUCUGUCAAGGAUAACAUCAACAGGUGCCAUGACUUUCUGCUUCAUCCAAGCUAUCGAGCGGGGACACGGAGCUACAUAUGGAAGCAUACUGAACUCUAUGCGAACAGCUAUAAAAAAUGCAAAUGGUGGUGGUGGUGGUGGCGGUGGUGGCGGCGGUGACGUUGUUACAUCUCUGGUCACCAUGCUUUUGACGGGAGGGAGCGCCAUCGGCGGGCUCAGACAGGAGCCACAAUUAACUUCGUGCCAGGCAUUCGACGUGUAUACGAAACCUUUCUCUCUGUGAUUUCUUUUUUCUUGGCGAUGGUUGAAGGUUGCAUUUGGAGGAGGGUUAUGUUGGCCUAUUUCUCCAUUUGAUGAUGCUUUGUUGAAAUUUUGUUGCACAGAUAGAAGAUUGUAAUGGAAAAAUAAGGCAAUUCGAAAAUGCAGAUUGUAGUGUACAUGAAUUGAUAUAGUAUUAAAAUUCAGGUAUUGGAAGAUUCUAUUCGACUUGCUGACUUGUUAUCAUGAAUUCCCAUGUGGGUAUUGUUUAUUAAUAACCGUUUCGUUUAUAA